UGGCUUCAACAACAAAAUCAACAAAUGAGCAAGCAACACUUUCCAGCCAAAGAUAACUUAAAUGAUAUUGUCCUAUUAUCACAGACAUUAGAAUCUACAAAUAGGCAAUCACUCUUUCUCACACAGCCAACUCCGAAUAUUGGUUUGGAAACUGUCGCCAACAAUUUCCCAAGUAAUACCGUUUCAAGUGAAGUACCAUCAUCCCAUGAAAAUGUAAACAAAAGCAGAGGACGUCUUUUGAAUAAAGUACCCCGAGUAGCAGAAUUAGAUAUAGAUAUUGAAGCUCAAUUUGAUUCUAAUCAACCAAAAUCUAGAAAACUGGAUCCCACCAUUGGAGAUUUAAAUGAGUACGGGGUAAAUCUAAGAUCGAGCAAAGAUUUUGGCUUAACAAAUAAAUUCUCUGGUGAUGGAGCAAAGAUUGAACCAGAUGCUUUCCAAACUGAACAGUUUGAUGCCAAAUUUAUAAACCAAAGGGAUAGGCAUGAGGUACAUUCAAAAGCAGCUGCGAAACUUUUAUUAGAUUUGUUUGAUGGUAGCACAAGUACGAACAAAAACAAGACUCCUAGUGUUUCAAAUGAAAUCGCUUUCAAUAAUCUGAAAGACCAUUUACUACCUGCCCUGCAAUACUUCAAGCAUAAUUCAAACAAUUUUCUCCACAUGUUACCAGAAGCAUUUGAAUCUGAUGUUAAUGACUUAGAUUUAGAAAAACUGGGCAUGAACAAGCAGAAGAUGUUGUAUGGUUACGUUUUACUCAAUUACCUGCUUUCUAAAGAUUAUGAAAUUAGUAUUGAAACUGAUGGUAAAGACAAUAAAACUGUUUCUUCUCUUUGUUUUAAAGUAGCUUCUUCCAAAGAAACAAAUCAAACAACAUCAACCAUUGUACCAAUAACCAUAGAUCCUAUAACUCAUACCAAACCAGUUUCCCAAUCUAAUUUACAGACUACAGUAUCAACAACAAUAAUAGAUGCAAAAACUGUUAAAUUUGCACAAGAACCUGUUCCUAUAUAUGAGGCAUUCAUGGAAGAAGAACAGUUCAUUCCAGUAAAAUUAUCAAAAACAAAAAAAGCUCCAACUAAAAAAAAUUCUCCGCCAAAGGACACAACUCCCAAUACAAAAACAAAUGUAUCUGUUACACUCAACAAAUUGAAUAACAACCAAAUUCAGAAAACAAAAAAAGCAUUGCCGAAAAAAAACUCUACAGAAAAAGCUGGUACAGCUGAUACUUUUAGUGGUGAAUCCAAUACUGUGAACGACAAACAACAGACUACACAGAAUCUAAGUCACUUCAAUUCCACAAUUCCAGUUUCAACAACAACAUCAACAAGAAUUACAACAACAAAUAUGCCAUUGACCAGAAAACUCGCAUCCACAACACAACACACAAAAAUGGUGACUGAUAAACUACCACAAGAUGAUUCAGAUUUUUCUGGCCACUCCGUGCUUGCAUUUUUAAGGCAGCAUGAGAAAAUGGAAGCUUCCCAUCAGGAAGCGUCAGGAAGUGGUGAUGAUGCAUUUGAACAUUCUGAUGAUCACUACCAUGGCCCACAUGCAGACGAUGAAAUGAUGGAGUAUAGCGAUGGUCCUGUAGAAGGUUAUUACUAUAGUGAUCAUAACUACGAUGAACAAGUUCAAAACAUUGGUUCUGGUUCGGGACAUUCUGGUUAUGAUGGUGACACUAAUGAGCCAACUACUGAGUUGCCAAAAACUGAAGAGGAAAACUGCAUGGGCAUUCCAAAUAAAAGUAUGACCCCAAGGUUAACUAAAUGUUGUGAAGCAUUGACAGUAAACAACACUGAUGAGUCAGAAUUUGUUUCUGAAUGUAUGGCAACCCAAUUAACGUACUUGUAUGGUUUGGAUGACCAAGUUGACAUAGAAGCAAUUGACACAAGAAGUCAUGGUUCAAGGUGUAUAUGUGCUGGUAGAAAAAAGGUGUUAAAUUCAAUAUGCUGCUUAAAGAGUUUUUGUCACGAGUGGCCAAAACCUGUAUUAAAAUCCCUGUGCAAUGUUUGUCAACCAUUUUGCCAACCAUGUUCGUGGUCUUUAUUAUUUGGAUGAAACUGAACAAUCAACUUCUGUUCAAUUACUAUUACUGCAUACAGUUUAUGGUUAUCCAAGAGGUCGCUCGAACUUCCCAUUUAUUUGCAAAGACAUAUCUGUCGUUGUUUAAAAUGUGGCUUUUUGUUUUGAAAAUUUAUUAU